CCGGCGGAGAAGGGUUCGUGUUGUGCAGCGGCGACAGGGCGGUGGCGCACCGCCGCCCAGAUUAUCGUCCCGGCGGAGAAGAAGAUGGCUUUCCCGCUGGAGCCAAUCGAGAGACUGGAAUUCGGAGAAAAAAACGCGGAUCCGAAUCUGUUUGGAGCUGGAUAUGUUGUUUGUAUCGAGGAGGAAGGUGCGGUGAGCGGAUGAACCGCAUUCAGCUGCGGUAAUGGUGAGCGGCGGAUUUCAGAAUCGGAAACGAGUCCCGCCAGUGGACGACGGCCAGCUGACUCCGCUCAAUCCACCAUGCAUGUGAAUCCGGAGGCUCCCGGGUGGAUAAAGAGUGAUGCCCUUGCUGGAACUGGAAAGCAAAAUCGAUCUGUCAGGAAAGUUUUGGGGCUCUGUAUUUUGCAGCUGUAGCUGAAACCACUGAACUUAAUUUGGACUUCUAGCUAAGUUCCACAAAUCAGAAGAGGAGACACAGCCACACAGGUGGCUGCCCUGUACGCGUGCGAGAUGGGAAUGAGUUGGUCCUCGUCACCAUGUCUGGCUGGUACAUGGAUGUGAGCUCGGCCGAGUUUGCAGGCUUGUAGCAGAUGGCGAAAGCAAGGUAAUUCAGUCACGAUAACAUGCUGCUGAUGCUACGGAUGUUCUGUUCCUGCAGAUGCCAGAUGCUAUCCCUGAAGGUUGGAUGUGUUCUCAAGGUUGAUCCAGAAUCCAUCAAAACGUAAUGAGUACAACAAUUAUUUACAAGAAUCUGAAUAUCACAGGGCCGAAUAAGGCUUCAGGGCGAGGCCAGGAAACUAUUUUGUUAGUUCUUGAUAAUAAUAGAUUGGUUAUGAUGAUAGAUUAGAAGGACCAUUCAAGAUGGAACGUGUCCCCAUCUUCUGUUAUAACCUGUAGGUAACGUGGGAGAACUAAGGACCCCUCGACUCCUGAGUCCUGACUGAGCUGCCACCGCCAAGACGUCGGUAGCUAGAGCCGCCAAGAACUGAACGAGUUAUGGGACAUGCCUCCAGAACAUCAUCAUGUACUCAUUAAUUUUUCGCAUCCACGAGCUGAAGGCCGCAAACAGCUCAGCGUCGACCUCCUGCUCUCUUCAUCCUGGGUAUGUCUUCAAUAUUGCAUUAAAAAAAUCAACGCGGUGCAAUGCAAUUCAAAUUUUGCUCCCCGUUGCAACGCACAGGAUUAGAGUGGGGGGCAAUGCCGCAGAAAGAACACCAUGUCCGAACUGGAUAGGAGCAUUGGAGAAGACCAUAAGGAGUUAUGCCGAAACUAGGGGAGACCAUGUUGUGGAGCCGACAUUAGGGUUGACGUUUGACUCCCUCGGUGAGGCAUAUGAUUUCUACAACCUAUACUCUUGGGAGCAUGGGUUCGGCGUACGGUAUGGUAAAAGUCGACUGAACCCUGAACGAACUAAGACGAUGCAAGAAAUAGCCUGCGGUUGCUCGGGCAAGCCAGUGAAGGAGAACUCAAGGUCCUGCCGAUGCGAGUGUGCAGCCAUGAUAAGGUUGUUGAGGACAAAGGACAACGGAAAGAAAAGCGAGUUCCGAGCUGAGUUUCACAAAGUAGUAAACCACAUGCUGACGCCUGACGAGUUUGAGAACGCCUGGGGGUUGCUGCUGGAGAAAUACAACCUGAAGACACACCCGUUCUUGACCCAAAUUUACGAGGUUCGACAUAAGUGGGCAAAGCCAUACUUCCAGGGAGUUUUUUGUGCAAAAAUGACGAGCACACAGCGUAGCGAGAGCACAAACAUGAUGCUCAAGACUGAUGUCCCCCCCGGUUGCGCCACGAACAUGUUCGUGAAGCACUACAUGCGGCUGCAGCAUGACAGAGAAGCAGACGAGGGUUAUGAGGAGAAAAGAACAAAAAUGUCGAAACCGGUGCUCCACGUCAACCUAGCUAUCGAGGAGCAUGCGAGCAAGAUAUACACAAGGGCAAUGUUUGGACAAUUCGGCGAGAACCUGUAUCAGGAGGAUAUAAAGUAGAAGAAGUUGAAAAGGGCAAAAGGUAUUUGGCAAAACACACGAAGCCUCACAAGAGAGAGAAGUGAAUCAGAGUUGUGUUUGAGGUGAAAAUGGUUGAAGAUGGGGAAUUGUUUGAAUGUGAAUGUGGGUUGUUCGAGCACAUGGGGGGUGCUGUGCGGCCAUGCAUUGAAGGUGAUGGACUACCUGGGUAUAGAGGAAAUACCAAAGAAGCACAUCCUGAAGCGAUGGACAAAGGAUGCCAGAGAUAUGUUGCCAGAUCAUUUACAGAUCUACCAGAAUGACCAUGCUUCGUCCAGGUCGUUCACGUACUGUCAUUCAUCACUGUUUAAGAAGGCACUUGAGCUUGUCCGGCUUGGAGAUGCUAGUGCUGAGGCAUAGGAGAAACUGGAUGCACUGUUUAAUAGUGAUCCUGCGGCAAUGGCGCCUUACAAUGAGAAGCGUGACGGGCUGGGUUUGGAGGACAAGCAAGACAAUGACCAGGUUCAGGUUGUAAAUGAUUCUCCGCCUAGCGCAGAUGGUGGGAAAGGGAAAAUCGACAUGAAUGAUCUUGCAGGGUUGGGCGCGCCGCUGAAGAACCGUUGAGCAGGGAGGCCAACUACAAGCCGUGACAGGGCUCCGUAUGAGCAGACAAAUGGUCUCAGCAAGCGUACCCGUUUCUGCACAAUAUGCAAAUGCAGUGGACACCUCCUAAGCAGCCGAGGAAGCCGGGGCGGUGAGUGUGGCAUAGAGGGUCACCGGAAGAACACCUGUAUGAAGCCGGUGUCAUGUAUGCCAUAAACUAAUUUUAGGACUAUGCAGUGAUUUAUGUAUUUGGAGUAUUCUAAGUGUAAUGACCCAAGGACCAAAAAUGUUUAUUUUUUCAGU